CGGAAUCGUUAAACUUGAUAUCAACGUGUAUAGUAAAACGGCUUUUACUUUUUUGACUUUGUUUGUAGAAACGUUAAUUUAAUUUUAUUUCGUCCAAGAAGACCGGUUAAAAAAAUAUAAAGACCUUCACAAGAUGGCCUCAUUUACAGACUGUGUAUGGUAGCCUACAUCUUCCUACUUUAUUUAAUAUACACGUUCACUUCACAGAAGGACGGAAGUGGAUUGGCUUGCAAAACUGUUGCUGACACGUAUUCCGGAGGUAAAUAGAUCUAGUUGUACGGAUUUUAAAUGAAGCAGGUAGAUAUGGAUCCCAGCUGAACGUCAAGCAACAGGACUCAAAAUAGACCCAGAGGUCCUUUCAAGCCAUGGAGAAGUUUGGAAUGACCUUUGGGGGUGGCCCCAGUAAAAAAGAAUUACUGGACACCAUUGAUGGCCAGAAGAAGCAACUGAUCCAGUACCAAACCCGCUUUAAGGAUGUGGUCAGGGCAUACAAGAGCCUACUGAAGGAAAAGGAGGCUCUAGAGGCAAGCCUGAAAGUGCUAACUGUGUCCCAGGAGGUUGACUUCAGCCAACGAAAUGAAGAUGGUUCCCUCAGUGCUGGCUUUGAACACCCUGUGCCCCCUGACCUGGCAGAUGACCACUGUUCCCUACACAGUGAGGACAGUCUUGACACUGCAGCGUCCGCAGACACAGCCACCAGCAUCAACAGUGGGAGCACUAAGGGCGACCAGGCUGAGGAGGAGCCGGGAAGCUCCGGAGCAGAGGUGGGAGCCAGUGGCCCUGGAGGCCCCUCCAUGUCCACAAGGUCUGAGGAGGCCAGCGGGUCAGAGAGUGGUAUUAGCUCCAGCAGCAGUGGAAGCUCUGAGCAGCAGUCAGCAGUCCCAUCCACCUCGACAGAGACUGACCGGCGGGUCCUGCAACUGAAGACCCAGCUGACUACCCUCACCAGCUCGCUUGCAACAGUCACUCAGGAAAAGUCCAGGAUGGAGGCCUCAUUCCAGGCCGAUAAGCGUAAAAUGAAGCAGGAGUUUGAUGAGCUCCAGGGGAGGCUGGAGGAGGCUAGGAGGCAGCAUGAGGCUGAGUUUCAGGCACUGCAGGACCAGCUGGCGGAGAGCAAGGCUCGGGUCAUCACCCAGCAGCACGAAAGGGAGCAGGAGCAAGGCGACCAUGCCCUCAUGCUCCGAGAGCUCCAGAAGCUCCUCCAAGAAGAGAGGGGCCAGAGGCAGGAUGCUGAGCUUAAGCUGGAGGAUGCGAGGGAGGCCCUCAUGGAGACCACCCAGGCUGCAGACAGGGGGCUGGAUUACGAGGCCAGGCUGAAGGAGGUGAUCCAGGAGCGGGAGGAGAUCAAGAGGAGCCUGCAAGUGGCAGAAGUGGAGAAAAGCAAGCCUGACCCGCGGGUGGACGAGCUGCAGCAGGAGAUAGCAGAGCUCAAGAGCCACUUCCAUCAGCAGCUACAACAAGAGAUAAAAAAGGCAUCUCAGGCAGAGGAGCGUGUUCGGGAGCUAGCCCAAGCUGAGGAGGGCCGGGUGGCAAGUUUGGAGGAGAGGGUUUCAGAGCUCUCUGAGCUCCUCGGGGCGUGUGAGAGGGCCAGACAGAAGGACCAGCAGACCACACACAGGCUGCGGGAGCGCAUCCUCCAGCUGGACACGGAGAACAAGACCCUCGCCAUCGCUGCCUCCAACAGGGGCUCCUCCGACCUGACCAUGGACGAGAACAACCUGGAUGUGAACGUUCUGAAAGAGCGGCUGGAGAAGGUGAAGAAGCUGCUGGUGCUAGCCUCGCGGAAGAGCCCCGAGCACGUGCCCGACAUCGAGAAGCUGGCUCAGAUGGAGGGCGAGCUAGGGACAGGUCCAGGGGGCGAGUCCUCGGACGGUGAGAAAACCUCAGUGCUGUACUACCAACAAGAGCUGCGUCAGCUGAAGGAGGAAUUUGAACGUUACAAGGUACGGGCACAGGUGGUGCUGAAGAACAAGAAUGCCAAGGAUGGCAGCCAGGCCAAGGAGCUGGAGGAAGCUCGGGACCAGCUGGCCGAGCUGAAGGAGAAGUACAUCAACCUGCGCAUCCACAGCGACGAGUCGGAGGCCAAGCACCGCCGGGAGCUGGAGGAGCGUCAGCAGGGCCUAGCAACGCAGCAGCAGAGCCACAAGCAGGAGCUGGAUAAGACCGAAGUCCAGCACAGAGAGAGCCUCCUCAGGCUGGAGGGGGAACUGCACCGGCAGAGGGACCGCACGAUGGCCCUGCUGGCGGAGAAGGACCAGGAGCUGGAGAAGCUGCGGGGCUCCGUUUCCUUCAGCCACGGCCUCGCUGCACAGCGGGGGCGCAGCAGCGGCGACGAAAAGGCAGCGGCCGACUCGAGAGCGCCAGCUGACGGCGGCAGCGGCUACAGCGCCGACUCCACCAUGGAUGACCAGGCUCAGGAGGAGAGUGACAUCUUCGCGCAGGCGUUGAGGCUGGCGAUGCCCAGUGAGCCCACUCUGCUGCUGUACGCCGAGCAGCUGGCACGCAAGGAGGUGGAGAUCGGCUGCCUGCGGCGCCAGAAACGCCGCCUGGAGGAAGACCAGCACCAGAUGCAGGGCAAGCUGAUCGCCAACGGGGAGCGGUACGACGAGGAGGUAGCCGAGUUGCGCGACCAGCUGGACAAACUUCUGAGGGACCAAGGCAGAGAGGGCUCCAACCUGGAGUACCUCAAGAAUGUCAUCUACAAGUUCCUGACCCUGCAGGACACCAGCGGGCGUCAGCAGACCCUGACCGCAAUCCUGACCAUCCUGCACUUCAGCCCCCAGGAGAAGCAGACUGUGUUCAAACUACAGGGCCAGUCGUGGUGGGCCACUGCAGGGAAGAGGUAGACAGAGCUGCUGAGGACUUAUUGGGCAUAUUGACAUUGAGGUCAUCGGUCAACUUUCCUCCUAUGGUCAACGUGUGUUGUUAAGAUUGCUUCAAUAAAGUAUAUUUAUUUUGGUGAGUUGAUUGAGGCAUUAACAAUGGGUUUUUCCCUUUCACCUUACUCUUAAACGUUGUGUAGGGAGCUGUCGUUAUUGAAGGAGCACUAUGUCCUGAAGCAGAGGAAAUAUCGGUCACAGGAAGUCCUUGUUCCGAAGCAUGUUAACUCAGUAACUUCAACUAACUCCACAGUAAACACUACCCCUUGUAUUUGCAUCUGAUCUUUGCCAUUAAUUACAUUUCUGUAAAUGUAUCUAUAUCAGGUGUUGUAACACUGUUGAGAGCAACUGUACCUUUAUCACAUUUGCUGUACAGAAAAUGGUAUGAAGUAAUCUGUACUUUAUUUAAAUCCUCUUGCUUUCUUAGUAGGAUGAUACAUUUUAUGGAUAAAACAAUGUUAUUGAAAUGUAUAUUUUUGAUUUGAUUAAAUACAACUAUUUUCUUGUUGAA